UGACUGAGCAUCAAUGAGCGCCUAGCAUGCAGGCUAAAUGAGCAAACCUGCUUAAUCGGCGUUUUUUUACUCAUUUUCACCACUUUUACGAUUUCUUUACUUGUUAGUAUGAAAGCUUACAGUUGGCACAAAACGUCUUGAGUCUACAAAUUGUUUUUGAGCGAUUAUUUGAUUAUUUUUUUGUAUGUUUUAGCGUGGACAUCACCUCUUGUUUGGAGGAAAUACAACUGACAAGGGUGGCUGUUUGGCGAUCCAGAGGGGAUGGAUCCUCUGGGUGCUCGCUCCCAGUUUGUGGACAUCCAGACGCUCCCGACCUGGCAGCAGCAGCUGGGUGAGGACGGCGAGGAGGCGCCGAAGCAGGACCAGAGCGACAGCCUGCUCGGCCAGCAGAGCUUCCCCUCACCCUUCCCCUUCAGACCAGACAUCAACCGCAAGAUCAUCCUCUUCACCGGUGACGUCGCUCUGCUGAACUGCACCUCCAUCGUGAACACGAGCAACGAGAUGCUGAACGACAAGAACCCGGUGUCUGACAGCAUCCACCAGCACGCCGGGCCCGAGCUCCGAGAAGAGCUGCUCAGGUUCAAAGGAUGUCGAACAGGUGAGGCGAAGCUGACCAAAGGCUUCAACCUGGCGGCGAGGUUCAUCAUCCACACGGUGGGACCGAAAUACAAAUCAAAGUACAGAACGGCCGCAGAGAGCUCGCUCUACAGCUGCUACAGGAACAUCAUGCAGCUGGCCGCAGAGAAGUCGAUGUCGUCUGUCGGUAUCGGUGUGGUGAACACGACCAAAAGAGGUUACCCACUGGAGGACGCUACACACAUCGCCUUCAGAACGGUGCGCAGGUUUCUGGAGAAUCAUGGAAACAGCCUGGAGGCGGUGGUGUUCGCUGUAUCAGAAACAGAAGAGCCGGUGUACAGGAAGUUACUUCCUCUGUACUACCCUCGCUCUGAAGACGAGGAGAAGGCCUCCCUGCCUCUCAUCCCAGCUGACAUCGGAAACUCUGAGGGUGAACCCGUCGUCCCCGAGAGACAGAUCCGCAUCGCCGAGAAGCCGGGAACCCUGGAAGACGAUUCUGAAGAGGAGAGUCUGGAGUCCGAUCUGGGUCAGGUGGGGACUCACGCCUUCGCCCGGAUGGAGGGUGACGUGGACAAACAGCGCAAACAGAUCCUGCAGGGCCAGAUGUCCGAGGCGGCGAUUCAGAAACAACACCAGAGAAAUUACAACCGCUGGCUGUGUCGGGCGAGAGCGGAAGAUCUGUCGGACAUCGCUGCACUGAAAGCUUUAUAUCAAACUGGUGUGGAUCUGUGCGGCAGGACAGUGAUGGUUAUUGUUGGACGAAACAUCCCGGUGACCCUUAUCGACAUCGAGAAGGCUCUGCUGUACUUCAUCCACGUGAUGGACCACAUCACAGUGAAGGAGUACGUCAUGGUUUACUUCCACACACUGACCGGGGAGCACAACCACCUGGACCCCCACUUCCUCAAGAACCUCUUCGACAUCGUUGAUACCAAGUUCAAAAAGAAUUUAAAGGCCUUCUACUAUGUACAUCCAACGUUUCGCUCUAAGGUCUCGACGUGGUUCUUCACCACCUUCAGCGUGUCUGGGAUAAAAGACAAGGUUCGCUACCUGGACAACCUGCAGCAGCUCUUCACCGCCAUCAGACCUGAGCAGAUCGACAUCCCUCCAUUCGUCCUGGAGUACGACGCACGGAUCAAUGGACCCCAGAAUCCCUCCCAGUCUUCAGGUCUGUGACAGGAGACCAUCAGACCUCCCUGCUGGGUUAGACGAGGGAGCUGUCAGUCGGGCCAAAUGGAAGCAGUUUAUGGACGUGGUGUUUCCAGUGUGGUCUGAACUCCUAACCUCCGCUUGAAGCUCUGAACCAUACUGAGGGAAACUCUCCUUUUGUUCUGCUUCUGCCAAAAGGACAAAAUUAACCGCCUCCGCCCACUUUUAGCAGCGUGAGGCCCGGCCAGCGGUCACUCUCUCUCACCACCGACGACUAUUUGUGGAUCUGGUUUGGUUUCUGGAUUAUGCCUUACACUGGGAGUUCUUAUUCUGCAGUUUCCUCAAAAAUCCCUAAAUAUGAAGCGUAAUGUCACGUCCGACAGUUUACUCAAAGCCUUUUCCAUCGUGUGGUCGUAUCAGACGUCCUCGCCCAUGUCUCAGAAUACUGUCACACUCUUCGUAUGCUGGAGGAAGGUGACGUCUGUCUGGAGUCCCGUCUCGUUCCGGGCCGCACCAUACAGGACGGCAUGAAGCAUCGGGUGAAGUGAAGAGUAAUCGAGUUUUUUUUACACGAGCUGGAAUUUCCCACCUUGUACUUCAUUAUAACAACCUCUGCUUUCGCAUGCAAACACAUUUGGAAAACCCCCGAGGCAAGAAUAAUUAAUGUUUAGAAAAAAAAAACCCUGCUACUUGUGCAACGGCUAAUUACAUCUAAUUUGAGCUAGCUUGGUAUCAUACAACAUUGGAUUUUGAAAUCACACCAAACAAUCAAACAAUGUUUCAGUUAAAGGAAGAAUGUGCAACUUUUGAAACCAGCAGAUGUCGCCCUUGAGCACCAGCAUGAAACCAAAACAAACUGCUGUUAGGCCACACCUCCGCUAUUCUGAAGCCUCCGCUCUCCUCCAGCGGCACACCUCCAACCCCCUUUCCACUCACGUUCACAUGAAGGAGUUAUCAAUUAGAACACACCAUAAUUAACCACUAUAAGCGGUUGACAAAAUUGUCCUUGGCUCGAGCUGCAAUGGCCUGUGUCCUGCAUUGUUGUGUUAGCAUGCUAAUGUUAGCACACUUUAGUUAGCUCGUAGCGUCAUAUUGCACAUUAAUUGACACAGAAUGGCUGUGAUCUAAAAACACUUACAUGACAUCCCAAUAAGCAAUGAGUAUGUUCUUCUUCUCUCUAGUCUUUGACUAAAACAGCUUUUAUAUUAUAUUAUAUUUUAUGUAAACACGGCUCUGACAACAACACAGCCAGCGGGACUCGAGCUUCUCACUCAUUGUAGACAGUCAUGACUCAGAGAGACAUUUACAGACGAUAUACUGGAUUUCUGCUGUAUUAACGUGUAACAUGUCGCACAUUCUUCCUUUAAGAGAUCUAAAGGAAUAGUUUGGAGAUUGAUACCAGCCUCAUAUUUGCACGUUAAAUGAAAAGCUACUUCUGUGCCACUUAAGUUUGUUUGAGCACAAAGUCUGAAGAUGGGAUGAACAUCAAACUCAAACAGAAACACGUUCUGCUUCGUUCAUUUUGCACAAAAACAUGAAACUUGUCAUUUAGUGAAGUUUAAAGGUGCUUUAAGGAUUAUGUUCCUCACUUUUAAACAGAAGUUUGAGAUCAUGAUAAAUACACAAACGGGACAUUUAUCCCCUUUAGCUAACAUCUUUACCUAUCCUUUAAACUCAAUAUCAACUCAAAGCUUGUUGGUGGAUUUAAGUCAACGUGUUGGGAAUGAAAAGUGAUGCUCUUCUCGUUGUCAUGCAUCUGACAUCUUCAUCACAUCCGUAUUCUUUGACUCCACUUUGAGUCUGAACUUUGCCAGCUUCUUCGUUGCCUUUCUCCAUGCAGGGAUUUUGUAAUUUCCCACUUAACGGUGGGUCUUGAAGGCAGCAGGGAAUCACAUUUUGAACUUUUUCUCACUAAUCUUGUAAAAAGUAAAGCUUCUAUAAUUGAACAGUCGAUCUGGAGGAAAUUAAUCUUCAGUAGUUAAUUACACAUUUGAUUGAUUGUUAAUCUUUUGGCCCAAGACUGAAACUCGACAAUCUGCUGCUUUUUUCUCUUUUUGCAUUUUUAUUAUUUAAGUUCUUUUUGGACGUUUGGUUGCACAGAAAAUAGAAAACUUGUCUGGAUGUCACCAGGUUGUUGUUUGUUUUAAACAUUAUGGGCAUUUUUUCAUUUCUUCAAACUUGUAGAUGAAUCAAGAUGUAUUUAAAAUAGAACAAUCAAUCAUCUGCCUCGAUCAUUAAGGCCUCUUUCUGUGGAGGGAGAUCUAACAAUUGUAAAGUCGGCCUUCAUGUCAGGAUGAAGGUUUUUGUUUUCUGCAGAUGUAACUCACAGCUGUAUGACUCAACGAGGCGGUCAGGAGAUUAUACAUCAAAUAAUAUUCAAGUACUGCACUCAUGUAUUGUCUGUUUGUCUUUUCUGUCUCAUGUCUCAUGUUACAUUUAGUCUUGUCACAUUCAGCCGCUUGUUUCCUCUGAUGUCUUUUGGAAACAAUGAAAGCUGAUGUUUGGGUCAUUCCAACCCUCGUAAGAAUCAGCUGAAUUCUCUUCCCCCCUCAUAAAAAUCCUCUAUGAAUAAGUCAGUAUUCAUUCUUUUUUAUAGAUGCUAAUUACAGACUAACUAUUGUCAUUAACUGUUAAUCCGUUCUGCCUUUUUUUGCAGAAAGACUCCAAACAUUUUCUGCUUCCAGCUUCCUAAAUGUUGGGGUUUACAACUUUUCAAAUGUUGGUUUGUAAAAAGAAGCUUUUACAGGCUCAAAAAAGAAUCAACCUUCUUGAACAUGUUCUUCAGAUUUACGGAAAAUAAAAGCAAAAAGUAAUCAAUUGUUGCUACGCUUGUCACUUUUGAUUAUUUAUAUCAACAGUUAAACUGCAGAUGAUUCAUAAGUUGUUCAGUUGAAAAAAAGUUAAAAAGACAAGUUUUAAAGAUCCUUCAAAGUGAAGGUUAAUGAAGGUCUGAAACCGAAUACAUCAAAUAGAGAGAAGCUGAAAAAAUCCCUUUAGUCCAGAAGAUAAAAUCUGGAAUUGUUUGUAUUUGUGUAACAAAGCCGCCUGCAGCAUGAGAUUUAUUUGUUCCUGUUUAUCAUGUUAGUCCCUGAUUUCCUUUUUGUUUGCACAGUUAGUUUCUUCUUGACAAUGUAAAAAUGUUUGAUUUCACUGGAGGUGUUUACCUUCAUGACAGGGGAUUACAAAUCAAAACAAACAUUCUCUAACAUUCCUGUCUUUGUCUAAACUUUAAAGCAGACCUGAUCUGUCCAACAGGUAACAUUAUCACAAUCAUGUCGAGUCACUCUCACCGUGUAGUUCUGUCGUCACCGGGCACGCUGCUGUAUUUCCACACACUCUGCACCUCAGUCAUCUGCACAUCUUUAAAUCAUUUCAGCUCUUCAGGAGAGAAACGAACUCUCGCUGCUCGUCCUGCUCAAAGCUCAAACAUGGACGUCCUAACAGAGGCAUCUUUAAUUUAGAAAUCCUGACACAGAAGCAUGACGGUACGGACCAAACAGACUUUAGCUGGAAACUUCCUCUUAGAGUGUAACUUACACAAUGUUGUGUUUUGUAGAUUUGAUCGUCUGGGAGACUUGAUGAGCCAGUGGUUCAGAGACAUUUAAUCGAUUGUACUCCAAAAAAAAAAGAAUAAACAAUCAAUCAACCUGUACUGGAAAUGCAGUCGAGCUGUAAAACUGCCUUUAAGUCUUAAUAAUAAAAACAGAGGUCCCAUCCAGUCAGGUGAACCAAUGACAGAGAAGAAAUAAAAACACUGAUUUUCAUCACCACAACAUAAUAAAGGCCCCUGAUGCGCUUACAAAAAUAAGAUUUAAAGUCUGAAAAUGUCAUAAAGAUGAAUCUGGAGUAAAUCUAAUGUAACUCUACGAUUGUGCUUCCCCUUCGUCUGAACUCUGUCAUGAAUGUACAGAAAUGAUGAGCCAAAUAUUGACAUCCUGGGAAUGUCUUGUUUUUUUUCUGUGUGUGAUUUCAAAGCGAUGACAGGAGGGUCGAGUGUCAGAAACUCCUUCAGGGAUUUGUGUUCACACUUCCUCUUCUGUCCGUUUGUUUUUUAUAAACACUGAUUCAAAUGAUUUUUUUCUUCUGUAAAGGUGAAAAUGUACAAAUAAAAACACAUGUAUGAAAUAUUGA